AUGGUUGGGCUAACAAUUCUUAUCCUCUGCCUUGGACAAAUCAGAGGUCACUUCCCGGUUCUUCCCACGCAAAGUGAACAAGACCUAGAAAAGGGAUUAUUUAACCUCCUUUUAAAACUAAAUCAUGAAGAAUUAUUUGAAACACUGCUGGUCUAUGGAGAGGACUGCGUUUUCCAUGCGCUAUCCAGACGUUUGGAGGUGCCCACAGUGCUGGUGUCUUCGGGGAGCACCAGUUUUGAUUGGAGCUUCAGUAGCCUAACUUUGAUACUUAGUUGUGGUCCAGACGAUGAAAGGGAAUCGAUCUUCCGCACACUCAUUAAACUUCAAAGGAAUAAGCGCCUGAUUUACCUACCAAAGGAUACGCAGCCAGACUCUGUGUGUGAUAGCUAUUUACAGAAAGAGCAAUACAAUGUAGCCAUGGUGAUGGAGGACUUUAACAAGACGGGAGUGAUAUACACCUGUCGGUUUUUUCCAUAUCUCGAAAUUGAAGAAGUAGGUCUAAGUGAUAGUAAGCCCAUUUACAUUGAACACUUUCGAAACAUGCACGGAAAGCCCAUCACAGCAAUGGCAGAUCUAGUGCCUCCCCGAUCCAUGCUGUAUUUAGAUAAAAGGAGCGGAAAAAGGAAACUGACAGGCUAUCUGGGCAAUCUGAUAAAUAGCUUUACACAAAAAGUUAAUGCCUCCUUGCAAUUUGAAAUUCUAAGCACGCAAGUCAGCUUUACAGAAAUAAUAAGGAGGGUAAGACAAGAGGAGCUUGACAUCGGCAUUUCUUUGGAGGCCUCAAUGUUUUCAGCUGGCUUUGACACAACCACUUACCCAUUCUUGCUAACCAGCUACUGUUUGAUGCUUCAGUUUCCCUCAAAGUUGCCAAUUAACCGGGUAUUUGCAAUCAUCAUAGAUCGUCGCGUGCUCAGUAUUAUCUUAGUGAUUUUCUGUCUGCUUUCCUUGUUGCUUAUUUACAGUCAGAAAAUGUCGUGGCAGAAUCUGAGCUUACCCAAUAUCCUGCUUAAUGACAUAACACUGCGUGGCCUCUUGGGUCAAUCACAUCCGUUCCCCUCCAAUGCCAGCAAACAUUUGAGGAUGAUUUUCUGCAUCUUGUGCUUCGCCAGCAUGAUGAUGACCACCAUGUAUGAUGCCUAUCUCCAAUCCUUCUUCACCAAUCCGCCAUCGGAAAAUCCUGUUCGUUCCUUCAAGAAUAUUGGAAAACUUAAGCAAAAGCUGGCGAUCACCGCAAUGGAAGCGAGAUCGCUGAGCUUUGUCAACAAUUCACAAUUUUGCGAAAUCAACACAGAUGACAUUCAAAUCAUUGACGGAUGGAAGGAUUUUUUAAAAAUGCGCGACUCGCUUAACAUUAGCUACAGUUAUGUGGUGACAGAAGAUAGCUGGAUCAUCUAUGCCGAGCAGCAAAAAAUCUUCAAAAAGCCAGUUUUUUACUACGCAGGGGAUCUCUGCUUUUCCCGUCAGGUGUUCAUGUCCAUUCCCAUGCGAAAAUACUUGCCGUAUCGACACAUCUUCGAGGAACACAUGAUGCGGCAACAAGAGUUCGGAUUGGUGAGCUACUGGAGGAGUCGCAGCUUCUUCGAGAUGGUGCGACUAGGCAUAACGCCCCUCAAGGACCUAAGUCCGCCCACAGUGUAUGAUCAAGGCCUACUGCUCCAAGAUGUGUCCUCUAUUAUGAAAAUGUAUGUCGCCGCCAUGCUGCUCAGCAUUUUCUGCUUUUUAUUCGAAAUAUUAAGCAGAAGAGAUCGUUGGACUUCCGUUGCGGAGCAACAUAAAAUCUUCAAGAAGCCAGCUUUUUAUUACGCGACUGACCUUUGCUCCUCACGUUUGAUAUUCUUGUCCAUUCCCCUUCGUAAAUAUAUGCCAUAUCGCCAUCUCUUCGAGGAACACAUAAUGCGACAGCACGAGUUCGGAUUGGUGAACCACUGGAUGGCAAACAGCUUCCUGGACAAGGAUAGAAUGGGCAUAACACCCUUCAAGGACCUUAGUCCUCCAACAAGGCAAGAAGCAAGUUUAGUUGUGGAAGAUAUUACCUGGUUUCUGAAACUUUAUGUUGCCAGCAUGGUGUUCAGCAUUUUCUGCUUUUUAUCUGAUAUUUUUAGUAAAAGUGAGAAGUGGAGACGCUGGCGGGGAAUAACAAAGUAACUCGAAUGCUUCGAGUACCAGAUAAACAACCAUUGACCCUGCUUUGAACAAAAUGUUUAUAUACCUAACCAGUACUUUGAA